AUGGACGAUUUUGAGAUCCGCCUUCAGCUCCUAUUGCGCUACGAGCCACAGCCCGGGGAAUGUGGCAUCAUACGGUCGAAGAGUAUCGACAGGCCCGCGAUUCAGCUGCCUACUGAGGUGUGGGAGAGAGUUAUCGACCGCCUCGCCGAGGAGUACCAGUACAGGGAGUACGAGCUCUGGGUCUACGCGCAGGUCUGCCGCGAGUGGUACCCCCGGUGCCGCUUCCACGCCCGCGGCAGCGUCGUGCUCGACGAGAAGAAGCAAGUCUACCGCCUGGGGGAGGAGAGACGCCGCAGGGACGCGAUACGGCUCGUGCGCAUCGACGAGCACGUCGCCGUCCUCGGGUCGUUCGCUGCGUGCAUGGCGCGGCGGCUCCCCCACGCGGAGACGCUUGUUCUCCGGAGUCUUGAAUGGGUCCCUGGAGAGCUGCACCGGCACGUCUUCAUGCACGUUGGUGCGACAUUCCAGUCGGUCGCCACGCUUGUGCUAUUCGAAGUUGGGUUCCCGUCCGUGGCCGUCUUUGGGCGGCUGGUCUGCGCCUUGCCUCGUCUCUCGAGCCUCAUGUGCUGGGCGCUGGAUUUUAGGACCUCCGGGUUCAUCGCGGGCUCUGUUCGGAUGCCCAAGCGCUGUGCACUCACGCGUCUCGUUCUGGGGUACAGUCCUGAUGUCGUCGACCUUUUUGUCUUGACCUCGAUCGGCACUGGUCUGCAGCGUCUCGCGUUAUAUGACUGCGAUCCGGAGCAGAGGGAUGCCUAUCAGAUACUCUUGAGUACAGCUGGCCCAUCGCUCUCAUCCAUCAUCAUCGACCUCGGUGCAGGUGUCCGGGAUUGGAAGGAUCUGCCCCUGGAUUUCAAUUCUGCAGUCAACCUGCAGACGCUCUGUUUGAAUGUCGACGCCAACGGGCUCGUUCGCCACUCGGCCUGGCUUCUGGCUGUCCUGUCUGCCACUCCGCGAUCGAAGCUAUCGGAGAUUCGAGUCGCCUCCUACGAGCGCAUCCCCGGCCAGACCUCGCUCGCAGAACUGUUCCGCGCUCUAGACGGCCUCCAUUGCACCCAGAUCGAUCACCUGCUUUCCGGGUCUCAGUCUCCUGCUCUGCGCGCCGUCGUCUUUGAGUUCCUGGUACCCAUUCAUUUGGAGGACAUAGAGAAGGUCCCGUCUGAGCAGGUUUGGCGGGAACACCUCGUUUCCUGGUUUCCGAAGAUGCACGCUCGAGGGAUUCUGCGGUGA